AUUGUAGAAACAGCUGUAGACCGUGAACCGCAGAGUGCGGGUCCGACACGGAUUACCUGGAUACCGGCUGCAAAGCCUGGGUGGGCAUCAAGCAGCGAGAGUAACAGAGAGGCAAGCGCUCCUUUUUUUUUUGUGGCUUUUCUUUUGUAAUCCCUUCUAAGAACAUCGACCAUGGCGAGCCGGCUUCUUCACACUCUGCAUGUAUUACUGAUUCUGGAGUCGAGCUGGGGUAAAAUGGGAUCUGAGGAUCUUGGUGGAGCCGUGCGUCAGGGUGCCGUGGAGGUCUCAGCCGCCGUGGAGCAGCGCGUCUUUGCGCACGACGCCGCGAGCCGGGACAUGGUCUCCGUUAACAUGUUCAAAGUGUACGAGAAGUACAGCAAAGAGCCGCAGAGCCAGAGGGACGGGAACACCGUGAGGAGUUUCAAGGCCGUCCCGAGAGUCUUGCAUGGCAAAGACGUGUUCCAGUUCAACCUGUCCACCGUCCAAGAAUCGGAGCUCAUACUCCUCGCCUCUUUUCAUUUCCUCUACAAGCGGCCCCGCCACCACCAGCGACCGUGGCGUUUCCGAAGGCCUCGCCACCCGUCCGGCAGCCUCCAGCAUCCCUAUCCUCCCUCCCCGCAGCUCCUCUUCCAGGGAUCCUCUUCCACAAACUCAGCUUUUACAACACCGCUGGGGAACAUAACUCUGGCUCCUUUCAAGAAAGGCUCUUGGCAAACAAGGGAUGUAACGGCCGUGUUGAAUUACGCCAGGGAUGUCAAACAGCUCGUGGUCACGGUGGAGUUUGAAAUGGGGUCCUGGGCGACUCGGGGACAGCAGAGGAGCCCUCACGGCCAAGAGCGCCUCUCUCCAGCCAACCUGCCGUAUCUCUUGCUAUACGCUGACGAUCGAGCCAUAGAUGAGCCGAACAGCGUAUCCACGUCGCUCCAGAGGUACGGGCCCUUCCCCGUGGCGGAGGACGCGUCCCCCUCGGCCUCGGCCUCAAGGAUCCGGAGGGAGCUUCAUCUCCAGAUCCAAACCAACGACAUUCCAGAGGUCCAGUACAACACCUUGAAGAAUCAUGAGCUGUGGCAGAACACGUACUUCCCGGCGAAAGCCAAAGCAGCAGCGAAGCCAGGAAGGAAGCAGGGUCCGCAGAGCAGCGCGGGCCUGGGGAAGCCCCAGGUGCUGAGCUUCGAUGAGAGGACGAUGAAAAAGGCCAGGAGGAGACAGUGGAGCGAGCCCAGGGUUUGCUCCAGGCGCUACCUCCGGGUGGACUUCGCCGACAUCGGCUGGAGCGAGUGGGUGUUGGCGCCAAAGUCCUUUGACGCCUACUACUGCGCAGGGGCCUGCGGAUUCCCCAUCCCUAAGGUGGUGCGUCCUUCCAAUCACGCCACCAUCCAGAGCAUCGUCAGAGCGGUGGGCAUCGUCCCCGGCGUCCCCGAGCCGUGCUGCGUUCCAGAAAAGAUGAGUCCCCUCAGCGUCCUUUUCCUCGAUACAAACAGGAAUAUGGCGCUAAAGGUUUACCCCGGCAUGUCUGUGGAUACCUGUGCCUGUCGGUAGGGCCGGGCAGCCGCACCAUGACGUCCGAUCGAUGAAGAUAAAAAGGUUGAGAGGAGGACGUACGUGUAGAGCAUAUAUCAGGAGGGCAUUUCCACAUCGAAGAGGACCCCAGCGAUGAGGAGGGACUCGUGAGUCUCAGUGUGAGAACUCUGCUGUGAAGCUCGGACUAGCGACGUUGACGAAAUAGUUUCCAUAGAUGUGUUUCUCUCCACCCGGGCCGCCGUUAUUUCUUUUUCUCCCUUCAUCCAAAAGCAAGUUUAAAGAAGUGCACUUAAUACAAACCUGUAUAUGUAAUAAUGUAUAAUGUAUUGACCGUCUGGAUGUUGAAGUUAAGUAAAAAAAAAAAAUUUAAAAUACUUUUAUAAAGUGAUCUUCCCGGCUUUGAUAAUAGACGAGAUAAGACUUCAUCUUCUUUGGUCUCGGCCUGGUUUUGGAAAUGCUUCCAACUCGACUGAGCUCAACGUCUGGCUUUCAAAAGCUUCUGAAACCUUCGGACCUCCGCCUCCUCUGCUGCUUGCUCCAUGUCGCUAUAGGAGUGAACGGACAUUUGGACACACUGAUGAACUGCUCACUGACUCCCAGACUCAGGACGGCAGCACAUUUACAUCCCACCAAAUGAAACAACCCUCGUCAUGUAAAUACUGUAGUUACUAAUGCUAACUAAAUGGUACUUAUUCUGAAGUGAUGCCACAUUGUUGCCAUUUGAACACCUCCCAUAUAUUAGCAAGGAACGUUGUCCGUGCAUGAGAGGUAAUAUCUUCUUUGAACUGUAUUUCAAUAGCCAUUUGUUUAAUCUUGGAUGUCAUGAGUGUGUUUGGACACCUACUGAGAUGUAAUGUGUUGCAGAGAGGGAGGGAGAGCGGUGCGUGGCUGCCACCUGCUGGGCAUUUGUGGGAAUGUUGAAGAGACGAAACCCUUUAAAGGAGAACGUUUUAGUACGUCCUGUGGCUACUCGGUAUUUCCCUUUGAUACAUAAAUACUGUUUUAUCAAAGAUGAUACGUAGCCUACGGUUUGUAAUGAUAGUAGAUGUCCAUAGUAAGUAAAAAGGGAUAAAUGUAUCCGACCGUAUAACUGUAUGGCUCAUAUUUGAAUAGUGUGAUGUGGGCUUUGACAUAUCGUAGACAUAAUAAUGUAUGCGUGGGAAGGAAAUAAACUGAAUUGUACAUACGGUCAAAGACACUUGCUGAGGUUUUAUAAAAAGUAUAUAAAUCACAGACUUUGUGUACAUUGGACAUAUACCUAUCUACCAUACAUACACAUUAUAUACAGAC